AUUUGCUGAUUUCAACAAUAUUUUUUCUAUAAAAAAAUAUAUGUACGUGAUGCAUUCCUCUCUAUUUUAAUGGUGUAUCAAGCAAAACAGGAACUGCAAGCUAAAGUGUUUUAUUUAGUGGUAUUUUCUAUUUCUUAACUUGUAUAUUACAACUCUGUACGCAAUCGACACGAAGAAAUACGGAUUGAAAGUGGAAAGUUUAUUGUCAGAAUCAAAGACUUAAUUCGUAGGCUCACUCGGUUAUUACAAAGUGAAUGAUGGCGUAUUAACAGACACUUCACAAAUUUCAUGCUUUUCAAAUUUUUAUUUUAUGAAAUGGUAUUUUUAUCUCUAAAUUCAGUAUAGGUAAAUUAGAAUUAACUUAUUUGAGGUGCAGGUAGUACUUGGGGAAUAUCGUAAAGGUUUGUAACUAAGAAAAUAUAGAUACGGAACAAUUUUUAAGACAAUAAUAAAAGUUAAAGUUAUAUUACUAAUAUACUUCAACAAAUCAUAAAAACACUCUCAUUUUGAUAAAUUUUUAUUGAAACUAUAUUCUAUCUGUGAAGGUAGUUAGUUACAAACAAUGGCGCCAAAAUACAUCUUGACAUACUUUCCUAUUGGUGGCCGUGCUGAAUGCGCUCGUUUGAUGUUUCGUGUGGCUGGAGUUGAAUUUGAGGACGUGCAACAUCACUCUACUCACUGGCAGACAAUAAAAAAUGAUGUCACUCAAUUCCCCUUGGCUCAAAUGCCGAAAUUGGAAGUAGACGGGCAUACUAUAAUCCAGACUGGUGCCAUUGUCAGAUAUCUUGCUCACGAGUUUGGUUUCUAUGGUGCAUGCAAUAAAGAAAGAUCAACAGUGGAUCAAGUUUGUGAAACAAUGAAUGAACAUUUGGAAAAUCUAGUGAAGAUUAUGUUUAACAAAGAAACAUCGGAUGAAGAAAAGCAAAAAGGGUAUGAUGAAUAUUUUGAAUCGGAUCAAACAAAGCGAUACUUUAAUUACUUGACCAAAUUACUAAAGACAGCUAAUGAUGGAAAAAACUUCUUCCUGGGAGAAAAGAUUUCCUUGGCUGAUUUUUAUUUCUUUUCAUAUCAUGACAUGAUCAAAAAAGACUGUCCGUCAUAUUUAAAACCUUAUCCUGAAUUGAAGGCGUUGGUUGAUCGCGUAGGGUCAAUAGAAGCAAUAAAAAAACACAUGGAGACAAGGACAUAUUAAACAUUACAAAACUUUUAUAUAAGGAUGUCCUUAAUUAAUUGUUGGUUUGCCGUUUUCCGACUCGUACUUUUUUGCAGGGUCGGUCGGUCGGUCGGUCGGAAGAUUAUUUUUUUUACCUUUUCGUCAGACAAAAAAAACAUGAUUUUACUGCCCACUCUACACGUCAGCGUAAAUACAUACGGUACCGAUACAUAUAAACAAAUAUGGUAGCCACUUGAAGUGCGCUAUUGCGGUGUAAUCUGUUGUUUUGAUUAUUCAUUUGUUUACCGAUUUGUUUGCUAUAUCUUUUUUUUAAAUAUACAUAUACUUCAUGGGAAAAUAAUUUGAGUCGGUAGUUCAACUGUUUGGGGUUGGAAAUCGGCGAAACACUGGGAAAAUAAAAGAAUGUUGAAAAAUCGGUCGGAAAACGGCAAACAAUAAAUUUUUAAGGACGGCCAAAUGUAAAAUCAUUUAAAAGAGUUUAAAAGUAUAUACUGGAAUUUAUGAUUAACAUUCUUAAGGUUACACGACUCUUUUCUUAUCUAAUGGUUCUCUUGUAUGCUAUCUGGUGCAAUAACAAAAUGCAUAAAGUAUCCCGUAAGCUUGGAAUGAAAAUCAAACUUAGUUUCAGUAAAAAUAAUUCAGCGUAAAUCAAAUUGGUUUUGUCAAUUUUUUUUAUAUAAAUGUGCUACACUGUCUAUUCCAAUGCUGUAUAAGCAAAACAGGAAAUUAGAAGGAUAAACAGCAAAAUAAGGU